AUGGAAGGCGGAGCCAUGGUACUUGCCGACGGAGGCGUUGUGUGCAUUGACGAGUUCGACAAAAUGCGCGAAGACGACCGAGUGGCUAUUCACGAGGCUAUGGAGCAGCAGACAAUCUCUAUCGCCAAGGCCGGAAUCACCACGUCGCUCAAUAGCCGUUGUUCUGUCCUUGCGGCUGCUAACAGCGUCUUCGGUCGCUGGGACGACACCAAGGGCGAGAGCAACAUCGACUUCAUGCCAACAAUUCUCUCGCGUUUCGAUAUGAUCUUUGUUGUACGCGAUGAACACGAUGCUACUCGGGACACAAUCCUAGCCCAUCACGUUAUGCAGGUUCACCUGCGCGGCAAGUAA